ACACAACGCUCCGAUUCUCCGAUUACUGAAAUCUAUAGGGACCCGUUUAAAAACCCGCUCGUGCCUUCACAAUCGCAUUUAAAAUUCAAUAAUACGUGGAGUUUUCACGUAACAACAGCUUAGCAGAGAACAAAAGUUUUUUUUUUUCGAAUCCAAGAUCAGAAUUUCCAGUUUGUCUUGAUAGGGUUUUGAGGGUGAGAGUUGUUGUGAAUGGGGAUUCAAACAAUGGGAUCCCAAAGCAAUGGGCAGCAGUCCCUUUUACAGCCGUCUACGUUGGUGAGACAGAAUUCAUGGUAUAGUCUUACUCUUAAUGAAGUUGAGAACCAACUUGGGAACUUGGAGAAGCCCCUAGGUAGCAUGAACUUUGAUGAGCUUCUUAAUAAUGUAUGGAGUACAGAAUCAAACCAGUUCUUGGGGAUGGAUACUGAAAGAUCCUCAUCAUCUUCUCUCCAACGUCAGGCUAGCCUAACCUUGUCUAGAGCUCUUAGUGGGAAGACGGUUGAUCAAGUGUGGAAGGAGAUACAACAAGGGCAGAAGAAGAGGUACGGUGAGGAGAUGAAGGAUCACGGAAGAGAAUCAACACUUGGUGAAACCACAUUGGAGGAUUUUUUGGUACAAGCUGGCCUUUUUGUUGCUGAAACAUCUUUAGCUCCUACUAUGGAAUUAGAUAGUACCCUGCAAAGUUUUUCACAGCAGAUCGGAUUGUCACCUACCCCAUUGAUUGGCACAUUAUCAGACAGACCAAUGACAGGGCGGAAAAGGGAUAGCGAAGAUGCACUCGAGAAGAGUAUUGAUAGGAGGUUAAGGAGAAAGAUCAAGAACAGGGAAUCUGCUGCACGUUCACGAGCCAGAAAGCAGGCUUACCAUAAUGAGCUGGUGAGCAAGGUUUCACGAUUGGAACAGGAUAAUCUAAAGCUCAAGAAAGAGAAGGAAUUUGAGAAAAAGUUUCAGUGUGAAACAUCUGAACCUAAAUAUCAGCUUAGAAGAACAAGUUCUGCCUCUUUCUAACACAUGUCUUCCGCUGUUAAGAGUUUUGUAGUUGCUGAGAAUGUUAGGCCAUCCCCUUGGCUUGUUGAUGGAGCUGCUCUGAGAAUUCAUCCUAGGGUUUUCUGUAUUGUACAUUUAUGAUCAUAUGUGUUGGUGUUCAACAGCUUCCAAAAACCGCCAUGUUUCUAAGUUAGGCUCUGUUUAUUUGGCUGAAAGACAACUGAAUUGGUGCUGAUUAGCUUAGUUUCUCCCUUUAAGUUAAAAGGAAAAAGGGGGUUAAAUUAUAAAAGUAGAAAGAUUUGAAGUUGUGCACUAGAAGAUUGUGUCUAACAAUAAAAAGGAAGUUCUGCAAACGUUUCAAGGUUAUAUUUCGCAUGGAAUACAAUACGUGCAGGUUUUUCAUUCUCAAGCUCCACAGAAAGGGUGUAAAUGAACAUUUGACAAACAAUUCAUUAACAUAUUUGAAUUUUGCUUAUGUUUGUUUAUUAAGUUUAUCGAUCAGUAAGGUACAAAUGUUCAAAAUUCAUGCAUGUUGAGUUCAAAAAAAGAGGGUUCUCACUGUAACUUUUUUUUUCAAUGAAAUAACUGAAAUAAAGAUGAAUUCAUUGCAUUACAAGUUCAUGUUAUUUAAGUUAUAAUGUUAAGUUUCAUUUGACAUGCUACAAGCAAUAAUUAGACCUCCAUUCCAAAGCUCGGGGUUAUCAUUUUACAUUUUUACAAUCUUAAUAAAGGUAAAAAAAAAAAAA